CAGCGCCGCACUCCCUCCCUGCCGGACCGCCAAGCUGCUUGGGUCACCGCUGGGUUCCUCAGGGGCUCCCCUCCGACCCCCACACAGGCCUUUUUCCCACUGAGAUCCCUUAGCCUCCUCCCUCAGGUAGUCAUCUUACUUUAGCGAGGGGACCCCUCUUCCCGAAUCCUGCGACCGAGUAGGGUGCCUCGGGGGGCCCUGCCGGUUCCCACGCUCGGAAAGUAACCUCUGUAGUCACUCGUCUCACUCCUAAUACUGUAUCUUCGCAAUUUGCGAGCUUCCCCCGAGGGGCACGUCUGUUUUUUAGCACACCACACAUCUCACUUCCCCACCCUCGUCCCACGUUCAGUGCCCCCAUCCCGCCCCGGAUUCCCCGAGUCCUCCUCUCCUUCUACCAGGAUUUCUGCCUCUCUCUUUUCCGCUCCCCUCCGCACUCCGCCGCCCGCUUUUUUUUUCAAGUUAAAUGUUGGAUAGAAAAGAGGGACUCCUUUUUUCUUGUAGGACUCCUUUUUUCUUGUAAUCAUAUUUAUGGAGUGCUUAUAAUGAACCAAAUGCUGGCCAGGCACUUGGCAGGUGUCUUACCAUGAGGAUUAAGUGGUUAUUACACGGGGAGUACCCUGAACAGUGCCCGGCCCAAAGGCAGCGCCCGGUUGUGAUUAUCGCCAUGAUCAUCAUCAUCACCUCUUUUUAAACUUCUCACUCCUGUGAGGCAGGUAUUAUUCCAAAUAAUGAAGAAAACCAGGAGCAGUUCAGGGGUGGAGCUGCCCUUCAAAUCCAGAUUUGCAAACCCUGCCAUUGUGGAGCCAGGUGGCUGGAUCCUUGCCCACUCAGUGACAAAUAUUCUCAGAGAGCCCCUCCAGCUCGGGGCUAGGUUUGGAGAGGUGGGUGGGACACAGACCCUGCCCCGGAGGGGAUCCUAGUCUGGUGGGGCUGCGCACCUGUGGGUCAGCUCCUCCUUCCAUUUGAGUUUUGUUUGCUUGACCUCCCGGGCUGUUAGCGGCUGUCUCUCUCCUGAUGAGCUGUGCCCUUUCUGAGUUAAUCAGUGGCCCUCUCCCUUCCCCCAAGGGAUGGCAUGGUGGUGCCCUGAACACAAGUGAGUUUCAACCCUGCUGUGUGUCCUCUGUGGGUGAGGAGGGGAUAGGAAAGGGUGCAGGAAGAAGACAUGGGACAGAAGAGUUCCUCUUCUAGGCUGAGACUGGGGCCACACUUGCCAUACUCCCUGUGCGAUGCCAUUUGCAGGCCUUGCCUGCACUCUGAGGCCCAGGAAGAUGGGGCUGAUAGAGUCUGGUGUUAUACCGAGUGCCUACUGUGAGCUGAUGCUCUACCAAACACCCUAGAGGUGAGGAGUACCCAGGGAAUUUACAUGGGGUGGGGCCUUUGAGGAGUUUUCAGCUUAAUAGGGGAGAAAUACAUAGAAAAAACCUCCGAUAUCUAGUAGAAAGCAAUCCAUAUUCUAAAAGAUAAGCCCAUGAUAACAAUAAUAAUUAUCAAGCAAUCAAGCACCACGGGCUUAACACCGAACCGAUAAAUACCGUCUCAUUCCUGUAUUAUCAUGGGACAUGAUCUGCCAUUCAGAGAUAUAUGACUGAAAUUACAGUUGGUCUAAAUCCAGAUUUAUGCUCUGAAUUAUGAGGCCUCCUGAAUUGAGAGGGGAAAGAGAAAGAGCGUUUCGCAACCGGUUCCCUGGGCUCAGGUUACUCCUUUGAUGCAGCAACUGGCCGCAUGCCCUAGACAGGAUUUCUCAACCUCACCACGAUUCACAUUUGGGGCUACAUUUUUGUUGUUGUGGAGUCUGUCCUGUGCACUGUAGAAUGUUUAGCAGUGUCCUUGGCCUUUACCUACUCCAUGUCAGGGGCACCCCCGGCCCUGACAGUUACAAAAGAAGUCCUGGCCCUAACAGGAAACACAAGUUCCCAGACAUUGCCAGAUGUUCCCUGGGGGACAAAAAUCACCUCUGGUUGAGAGCCACCGCUCUAGAGGAACAGCUUUGGUAUUUGAUCACUUGUUCAUGUACUCAACGAACAUUUAGGGCACACCUGUGGCGUGCCGUAUCUGCAUUUAUGGGGAAACAGAUGCAGGGCGUUUUCAGUGACAUCCCUCGGUGUCCUAUGUGUAAAACUCUAGUCCUGAGAAAAAUCACUGCUUUUGAGGAACGGGUACGGGAGAUGUUUCUUAGUGUUUUCUUUUUUUGCCUUGAGUGCCAGGAAUCUCUGCCAGUUUUAAAAAAUACCCUUGAUACAUGUUUUCUUUUAGUUUAAUACAUGUCAAUUGUGAAAACUACAGAUAGGGCAAAAAAAAAAAAAUCACCUGGAAUUGUACCACACAGAGGUACCCACUGUUGACAUUUUGAUUCAUGUCCUUUAACUUUCCAUGAAUAUAUAUGCUUUAAAAAAAAAACCUCAUAGAAACAAGUUCAUCUGCCAGUAAUUUAUUGUAGCUUGUUUUUUCCCUUUAUACACUUGUCUGCCUUACAGUAUAUUCCCAGGCCCUGGAACUGUGUCUGGCACCUGGUAAGCCCUUGGCAAACAUUUAGGGAAUGAAUGAACUUGUCAUGUGAGCCCUUGCUUGUCAACCAAUAUUUAUCACAGCCAGCCUCAGGACAAUCACCAUAAACGUGUGGCCUUUAUAGGUGGGCCCAGGGAUGGCGGCUGAUGACAACGACUGCCAUUUACUUUUCAUGUGGAUCAUUUUACUCAGCCUCUCAGCAGCCUGUGAUGUAGGGGUUACCACCCCCAUUUCACAGAUGAAACAACUGAGGCCCAUGGAAAUUAAGAAAAACUUGUCCAAGGCCUUGAGCUGGUGAACACCAGGCCUCCCAACUGACUGCCUCUUUUCUCUUUAACCCUGACUUCCUGUUCUUUUCUCAAUCAGCUUUACCAUUGGUGUCCUCAGUUCUCUUUGGAAACAGGCAGGAUGCAGAUUAAUAGCCAGCCCAGGCAUGUAGUAGGCUUAUAAGAGUUCGUUUCUGUUCCUUACUUCUUGUGCCAAGCCCAGACAUGACUCCUGCUCACCCCAUCUGACAUCAGGGAGCUUAUGGGCCAGAAUUGGCUACUACCGUGUCCCCUGCAGUGAUCCUGGGUGAUUUUGGACUCUUCUCAGGCUACCUGAUGGUUUAAUUUUCAAAAUAUCAAAAGCAUCCAAUGCUUUUCCCAGUCUGCCCAGCCCUUGGAUGGGCACAGCUUGCCCUGGGUUGGUGGCUGGCAUUUCCCACCAUUCCUUAGACCUUCUCUGCUCUUGAACUCCCCCAACCAGUGGCUGGGGCGGUGCCUUUGGCCUGGAAUGUGCCGCUGGCCACCUCGGUGAGCCCAUCCAGUGCUUUGUGGCCUUGGCAAGGCAGCUUCUGUCCCUUCAGUAUCCUCAUCUGCAAAAUGGGGAUGUAUUAACAGCCACAUAGCAGGUGGCUGCAAGGAUUAGCAGUGAUGUGACCAGUGGUUUCCUGGGUGCCUGGUACCGAAUGUGUGCUCUGUGAGUAUUUGAGUGGAAGAAUAAUUAAAACGUGAUUAUCUUCACACUUCUAAAGUAGUGAAAGUGCCAUUGAGGCAGUGCUUGGCAGUGGCACCCCGGGAGCAGCCUGCCUCCUGUGCCCCGCAUCUGGCCCAGCACACAGUAGGCGUUGAACAGUUGCUGUUGAGAUGGCCGAGAACACGGCAUGCCUUGGAUCCUGGCUCCAACUCUUGACGGCUCUGUGGCCCCGGGCAGGUUACUCACCCUCUCUGGGCUCCUUUAUGUUCUUAUAUGUAAAAUAAAGAUGACAGUAGUAGUCACCUCAUAGGAUUGUCCUGUGGGUUAAAUGGUCUCACACAUGAAAAGCACUUUGGAGUGCCCAGCACCUGGAACACUCAGUAAGUGCUGCUGCGGUUAUGAUGAUCCCCUCUCCUACCAAUGGGCUUCCUGGAGUGAUCAUCUUCGAUCAGGAAUAUCAAGACGGCAGGGUCCCAGCAGUGAAGGAUGGUGGCAGGAGGGAAGAGGUCACGGAGUGAAGAGGCCCUGGGCUGAGCUGCAGUGCCAGUGGACAGCUGAGUGACCUUGGGUGUGAGCCACCGUGCCUGGCCUCCUCUUCAUGAUUUUUGUCUAAGCACAGACAAAACAAGAUCUCUGUGCCACCCACAAAGCACCAAACAUCUUGAUGGAGAACCACGCUCAGAGGAGGCUGCAGUGGAAGCACACCUCCUCCCUGAAGGUGGCCAACGAGCCCAUCUUAGCCUUCACGCAGGGCAGCCCUGAGCGAGAGGCCCUGCAAAAGGCCUUGAAGGACCUGAAGGGCCGGACGGAAGCCAUCCCAUGCGUGGUGGGGGAUGAGGAGGUGUGGACAUCGGACGUGCAGUACCAGGUGUCGCCUUUUAACCAUGGACACAAGGUGGCCAAGUUCUGUUACGCAGACAAGAGCCUGCUCAACAAAGCCAUCGAGGCUGCCCUGGCUGCCCGGAAAGAGUGGGACCUGAAGCCUAUUGCAGACCGGGCCCAGAUCUUCCUGAAGGCGGCAGACAUGCUGAGUGGGCCGCACAGGGCUGAGAUCCUCGCCAAGACCAUGGUGGGACAGGGUAAGACCGUGAUCCAAGCGGAGAUUGACGCUGCAGUGGAACUCAUCGACUUCUUCCGGUUCAACGCCAAGUAUGCGGUGGAGCUGGAGGGGCAGCAGCCCAUCAGCGUGCCCCCGAGCACCAACAGCACGGUGUACCGGGGUCUGGAGGGCUUCGUGGCGGCCAUCUCGCCCUUUAACUUCACUGCAAUAGGCGGCAACCUGGCAGGGGCACCGGCCCUGAUGGGCAACGUGGUCCUGUGGAAGCCCAGUGACACCGCCAUGCUGGCCAGCUAUGCCGUCUACCGCGUCCUCCGGGAGGCCGGCCUGCCCCCCAACAUCAUCCAGUUUGUGCCAGCGGAUGGGCCUCUAUUUGGGGACACUGUCACCAGCUCAGAGCACCUCUGUGGCAUCAACUUCACAGGCAGUGUGCCCACCUUCAAACACCUGUGGAAGCAGGUAGCCCAGAACCUGGACCGGUUCCGCACCUUCCCACGCCUGGCUGGAGAGUGCGGCGGAAAGAACUUCCACUUUGUGCACCGCUCGGCCGAUGUGGACAGUGUGGUGAGCGGGACCUUGCGCUCAGCCUUCGAGUACGGCGGCCAGAAGUGCUCCGCCUGCUCGCGUCUCUACGUGCCACACUCGCUGUGGCCGCAGAUCAAAGGGCGGCUGCUGGAGGAGCACGGUCGGAUCAAAGUGGGCGACCCUGCAGAGGAUUUUGGGACCUUCUUCUCUGCAGUGAUUGAUGCCAAGUCCUUUGCCCGUAUCAAGAAGUGGCUGGAGCACGCGCGCUCCUCGCCCAGCCUCACCAUCCUGGCCGGGGGCAAGUGUGAUGACUCCGUGGGCUAUUUUGUGGAACCCUGCAUCGUGGAAAGCAAGGACCCUCAGGAGCCCAUCAUGAAGGAGGAGAUCUUCGGGCCUGUACUGACUGUGUACGUCUACCCAGAUGACAAGUACAAGGAGACACUGCAGCUGGUUGACAGCACCACCAGUUAUGGCCUCACGGGGGCAGUGUUCUCCCAGGAUAAGGACGUCGUGCAGGAGGCCACAAAGGUGCUAAGGAAUGCUGCCGGCAACUUCUACAUCAACGACAAGUCCACCGGCUCGGUGGUGGGCCAGCAGCCCUUCGGGGGGGCCCGAGCCUCUGGAACCAAUGACAAGCCAGGGGGCCCACACUACAUCCUCCGCUGGACGUCGCCCCAGGUCAUCAAGGAGACACAUAAGCCCCUGGGGGACUGGAGCUACGCGUACAUGCAGUGAGCCCUGCUCGGACUCCACCGUCCUGCUGUCUGUCUGUCCAGGCAGCCGACCUCACUGCACAGACCCCGCUCCAGCCCCUCCACCCCUUCUUCAUGCACAGCUGCCUUUCUAGAAUCCAGGCUUGACCUCCUUCCUACCACUGUAUUCUGGCCUCUCCCACGCCUCAGGCUCUGGUUUGAGACCAUGCUGGGGAGGAACAGGGCCACUACCCCUUAUCCCACUGGCCAUGUGGGAGGUAUGACUGUGGUGCCCGGCAGGUUCUCCCUCUCCCCUCCACUGGGCCCAGUGGCUCAGGGACCCGGGGGAAGGAGAUGGAGCGGCUCUUGGGAUUCUUUGGGGAAAUGGAGACCAUGCUGGGCCCCUUGGCAAACCUCACAGAGGCUCCUGGCCUUGAUCCCUGCCCCUCCAGGUGUCCAGGGUAAAGUGUAACUCAGGUUGACCUGUGGGGCACAGGGGGCACCAGCUGGCCUUACCCUCUCUGGUCUGGGCUGUCUACCUUUCUCACUGUAUCUUUGCCCAGACCCACCUGGGCCAGUAGGCCCCUGUACCCAGCCAUACACCUUAGAUGCCGGCAUGCCUUUCUCCAGGUGCCUGUGUUCGGCCGAGGCCCAUGUGAUUCCUGGUCUGCGCCACAUGGCGGGGCUGGGGGGCCGCUGGAGGCCACCUGCCAAGGCGUGGGAUGGGCCGUGAUGCUGGAAAACCUUGGAUGGGCCUUCGUCCUACGUCAGCCUUCCCUCGGAUCCUCAGGCCCUACCUCUAGAGACCUCCACUCCUAGAGCCAGUCUCAGGGUCUGGGAUUUCCCUGCAGGAGCUCAGCCACCACCAUGCCAUGGUGACACAGGCCGAGGCAGACAUUGCCCCUCCCUUCUCCCACCCCCCAGAGGCCUGGCCUUGGGUUCCUCAGCCUGGGCUUAGGACGUUGCCUGUAGAAUCCUCCUCCUCUGCGUGGGAGUGGCUCUGUGUGGACCAGUCCCUCACUGGCCCAUUCUUUUUUUGACACAGCCAACCUGUGACCACGAUUCCUUCUACAGAUGCCUCCUGCUUGGAUUCUGAGUGGUCAGGGAUCCAUAAAGCAUGACUUUCAAGGACGGUUUUUAGGGCACUGUGAAAGUGUUGGGACUUCCUCCAGGAUGCCUGCAUGGGACCCCCCCUGGAGCUGGUGUGGCCGUUCCCCAAGUGCCACCGGCUCAUGGAUGGGGGUGGGUGCCGGUGCCACCUGGGCUGGCUGUGGGUUCUGUGUCCUUCCAGGAUCUGUGUCAUUUCCCAUGAGGGGCCAGGGCGGGUGGCUGGGGGGACACAGGCUGGAGUGUUCUCCAUUCUACUGGUUCUACACUGUGAGGUGGCAAUGGGAUUUGCUCUGAUGCCACCCAAUAAAAUACCUGUUACUUAA